CAACCCAUUGUGACGUCCGCCUCGGUGGAACGCAGUGUAGCGAGUGUUGUGUCAGUUUCAAGUUGUUACACAACCUCCAGGUGAUUCCCUUUUCCCUGUCGAGGGGAAGUCUAUUCACGGUUUUUUAAACAAAAAACAUUCUUUAUAACUGUUUUGUACAGUUAUUUCUCGGAGGGCUGUGACCUGUGGAGGUGCUUAGAGAGUGGGGGAAAUAAUCUUGACGAUAGCGCUACACUUGACCUGUUCCGGCCGCCUCCUGACAGAUCUGAGUAUGGCCUUGAGACAAGCGGCUCGGAGCUUCUUGGGCACCGCCAGGCGCACGGCCGUCGUCAGCUCCUUGAGGACACAGGGGACGGCGAAAGCCUUCAAAGAGAAAGAUGAAAAGGUGGAAGAGCAGAAAAUGACCAAAUUGCCUAAGGUCCAGUUUGACUGGCGUGAUCCUCUGAACCUGGAAAGUCAGCUGACUGAAGAAGAAAUUCUCAUUCGAGACACUUUCCGCCAGUAUUGCCAAUCAAAGCUGAUGCCAAGGAUUCUUCUGGCAAACCGAAACGAAGUGUUUCAUCGUGAAAUCCUAUCGGAAAUGGGAGAACUGGGCGUAUUGGGCUCGACGAUUAAAGGCUAUGGGUGUGCUGGCACCUCAUACGUAGCCUACGGGUUGAUUGCACGAGAAGUGGAGCGGGUGGACAGCAGUUAUCGGUCAGUAAUGAGUGUCCAGUCCUCACUGGUAAUGCACCCAAUCGCAGCCUACGGCACAGAAGCACAGAAGCUAAAAUACCUCCCGAAACUAGCCAAAGGGGAGUUGUUGGGCUGCUUCGGUCUAACGGAGCCAAACCAUGGAAGUGACCCUUCGAGCAUGGAGACCAAGGCAAGGUACAACAAGAGCAGCAACACUUACACACUAAAUGGAUCAAAGACCUGGAUUACCAACUCACCGAUGGCCGACAUCUUUGUGGUCUGGGCUAAGUGCGACGAUGGGAAGGUGCGGGGAUUUAUUCUUGAGAAGGGGAUGAAGGGCUUGGCCACCCCAAAGAUUGAAGGGAAGUUCUCUCUAAGAGCCUCUCUGACUGGGAUGAUUCUGAUGGAGGAUGUGGAGGUGCCAGUGGAAAAUCUGCUGCCCGGUGCAGUGGGUCUCUCGGGUCCUUUCGGGUGUCUGAACAAUGCUCGGUAUGGAAUCGCAUGGGGAGCCCUGGGCGCUGCGGAGUUCUGUUUGGAAACAGCCAGGCAGUACGCGUUGGACAGGAUUCAGUUUGGGGCUCCCAUCGCGAGAAACCAACUCAUCCAGAAGAAGAUGGCAGACAUGUUGACGGAGAUCACACUGGGUCUUCAUGCCUGCAUCCAACUGGGUCGAUUGAAGGAGGAAGACAAGGCUGCUCCUGAAAUGAUCUCCAUGCUGAAGCGAAAUUCCUGCGGGAAGGCUCUGGAUAUUGCAAGGCAAGCACGUGACAUACUGGGCGGAAAUGGAAUUUGUGAUGAAUAUCACGUAAUUCGCCAUGUCAUGAAUCUGGAAUCUGUAAACACAUACGAAGGUACUCACGAUAUCCAUGCCCUAAUCCUUGGCAAAGCCAUCACAGGUCUGCAAUCUUUCACCGGACAGAAAUAGUCCCAGCUCUUUGGCUGUAUGACUUCUGAAAAUCAGCACUUUGUCGAUUUUGGUUAGUUUGUUUUCAACCAAAUUCUGUGUCAGCCCAUGAUACGUCUGCUGUUUUGAACAACGUGGCCUCUUCAGGUACAGAAGUAGCUCAGCUUUCACAACUCCUUGUUAUUCUAAUUGUAUAAUCCGAGCACAGAGGGCAGACAUUUGCCUGCCUGAUUUUCAAUAGAGCUAUUUGAUUAAUACUGCACUGUGCUCUUUUCUCAAGACUCUCCCUUUUGAAUAUUGUCCAAGUACGUUUUGGAAGGUAUUACGGAUUCUGUUUUCAGUAUCAUUGACUGCAUUCCAGAUUAUAUUUCAUUGUGUUUAAGAAGAACAAUAAUCCUAUUUCCCCAGUUCUUUUCCAAUUAGUUUCCCAAAACUGCUUAAUUUGAAACAUGAUUUGGAGAUGCCAGUAUUGGACUGGGGUGUACAAAGUUAAAAAUCUCACAACACCAGGUUAUAGUCCAACAGGUUUAAUUGGAAGCACACUAGCUUUCAGAGCGACAAUCACCUGAUGAAGGAGCGUUGCUCCGAAAGCUAGUGUGCUUCCAAUUAAACCUGUUGGACUAUAACCUGGUGUUGUGUGAUUUUUUUAAUUUGAAACAAUUGUUCUUUUUAUUUUAUUGGAGCACUUCUUCCAAUAAAAGACCUAAUCUGGUCUUCAGGGCUCAAGGACAGUAUUUUGAACCAGACUGGUUCAGAGUACACAUGUGUAGGUAUGUGACUAGAAGUUCAUUGACACUGGAUUGGAUUGUUUAAAUUCGACGGAGUCUCUUGAGAGUUCAUUGAACCUUAACUGUGUGGACUAUAAGUUGGGUGUGUCUCGAUGGCAAGAGUGAGAGGGACAUUACACAUUCCAAGCAGGAACUGCCUGUGAGGACUUCAGUGGCUUCCCUUGGAGACUCUUAAACAUGACAAUGUGUUUCGGUUGUGUUGGUCUCCUGGUUGAUGAAAAGGAAAGAAAGCAUUUUUCCGACCCGUCUCUUCAUAAAAGACUGCGUGAUUUAUUGCUGAGCUGACAAGAUCUGUAUCUUUUGAGGCUUGACACUUUGGUGAGAUCAGUCUUUGAAUUUUACUUUCUAAAACCAAAUAAGCCCUUCCCAUUGUGCCUCUCUGACCACCUUGUGCUAAGUCUCCUCUGCAUUCAACUGCCAGACACAGUGGAAAUCUGAAAUUGUCAGGUGUAUCAAUGGAGUUUCUUUUGUCCUUCUGGAAUUGAGAUGCUUCCCCUAUUUUAUACUUUUUCUUUGCCAUCUCCCACUAAGAAUGAAAGCUGACUGUAUUGUUGUACAUGUGGGGUGGGGCUGAACAACAUGUGAUGAUAAAUGGUGCUGUGUCACCAUGUCCUUUGCCAACACUGACAUUUCAAAAAAUAAUUGCUUGUGAAGUUUGUGUUAUGUUUAUAAGCAAUAAGAUAAGAACUUAAUAAAUAAUUUGCAGUUUGUAGGUGUUUCUAAAGCAAAUGUCUCUUCUGUAAACAUCAGAAUGCAUGGACACUUUAGAAUGUAUUCCAUAAGCCAUCUUCUAUUGCUGAGACCUAGAUAUUAAUAUGGAUUUGGUUAUCUCAAUUUGAUUUCAGUUUUCUUUUGUUUCUCCCCAUACCAAUAAAAGGAAGCUGCAAAUCUUGACAAUUUGCAAGUUCUUCAGAAAUGAAUAAUAAUGAUUCUCUUUGUAGACAUGUGCUCAUUUUGUUGUUAGAAUUAUGCUUGAGUUCUUUCUUCCCCAAUGCCCAGUCAAUUCUGCUCCAACAAUAACCUCCCGACAGUACUUUUUCUUGAGUUCACAAGCAAUGGGUGUAAUUUGAAAUUGGGUAUCUUGCCCUCUAAAACGCAGCAGAGAUUGGACACUCAUGGGGACAUUUGAACUGUGUGGCUAGGGACGGUGCUGCUAGGGGAAUGGGAGGAAAACAAACAAAUGGAUGAACAUUGACGUGAAAGGUCCCUGAAGUACAAACCUGGAGAUUCCUGAUCUAAUUCUGACUGGUGAUAUGUGAACUCUGUGAAGAUCGGCCUCCCAUUUACGACAUCAUGGACACUGUGCAGAUACACAAAAGUCUACUACUCAAACGUCUUGCUGGAUAUUAAGCAGUGUGUGCAAGAGGAUAUUCUAACUCACUGCAGGUUAAUUUUCUAAAUUUAUUACACACUAAGCCUUGUAUCUCAUUGCUGUCGCAAAUAAAUGGAUUUGUUUUAACCUGUA